GCUGUUCCGCGGCCGCGGGUCCCGGCACGAUGCAGAAGAGCGUGCGGUACAACGAGGGGCACGCCCUGUACCUGGCGCUGUUGGCCCGCAAGGAGGGCACCAAGCGGGGCUACCUCAGCAAGAAGACGGCGGAGACCAACCGCUGGCACGAGAAGUGGUUCGCCCUCUACCAGAACGUGCUCUUCUACUUCGAGGGCGAGCAGAGCGCCCGCCCCGCUGGCAUGUACAUGCUGGAGGGCUGCAACUGCGAGCGGGUGCCGGCUCCCAAGGGAUGCUCGGCCGGCAGCGCCAAGGAUGCUGCUCUGGACAAGCAGCAUUACUUCACUGUUCUCUUUGGCCAUGAAGGGCAGAAGCCACUGGAGCUCCGUUGUGAGGAUGAAGUUGAUGGAGAUGAGUGGGUGGAAGCUAUUCACCAAGCGAGCUACUCAGACAUCCUGAUUGAGAGGGAGGUGCUGAUGCAGAAGUACAUCCACCUCGUGCAGAUCGUGGAGACCGAGAAGAUUGCGGCCAACCAGCUCCGGCACCAGCUGGAGGACCAGGACACGGAAAUCGAGAGGCUGAAGUCAGAGAUUGUAGCACUGAAUAAAACAAAGGAAAAAAUGCGACCUUAUCAAGGCAACCAGGAAGAUGAGGAUCCAGAUAUUAAGAAGAUUAAAAAGGUUCAGAGCUUUAUGCGGGGCUGGUUAUGUAGAAGAAAAUGGAAAACUAUUGUCCAAGAUUACAUUUGUUCUCCUCAUGCAGAAAGCAUGAGGAAAAGGAAUCAGAUAGUUUUCAACAUGGUGGAGGCUGAAUCUGAGUAUGUGCAUCAGCUUUAUGUGCUUGUGAACUGUUUCCUGAGGCCUCUCAGGAUGGCUGCGAGCUCGAAGAAGCCGCCCAUCAGCCACGACGAUGUCAGCAGCAUUUUCCUCAACAGUGAAACAAUCAUGUUUCUUCAUGAGAUAUUUCACCAAGGCUUAAAAGCAAGAAUAGCUAACUGGCCUACCUUAAUUCUAGCUGACUUAUUUGACAUUCUGCUGCCAAUGCUGAACAUAUAUCAAGAAUUUGUUCGAAAUCAUCAAUAUAGCCUACAAGUACUGGCAAACUGUAAGCAAAACAGAGAUUUUGACAAACUCUUGAAGCAAUAUGAAGCCAACCCAGCAUGUGAGGGGCGAAUGCUGGAAACUUUCCUUACUUACCCCAUGUUUCAGAUUCCCAGAUAUAUUAUAACACUUCAUGAACUUCUGGCUCACACACCACAUGAACACGUUGAGCGAAAAAGCCUUGAAUUUGCUAAAUCCAAACUAGAAGAACUUUCAAGGGUGAUGCACGAUGAGGUGAGUGACACGGAGAAUAUCCGGAAGAAUCUGGCCAUAGAGAGAACCAUAGUAGAAGGCUGUGACAUAUUACUGGACACCAGCCAAACUUUUAUACGCCAAGGUUCCCUUAUCCAAGUCCCUUCAGUUGAGAGGGGAAAGCUUAGUAAAGUUCGCCUGGGGUCAUUGUCUUUGAAGAAAGAAGGAGAAAGGCAGUGCUUCUUGUUUACAAAACAUUUUUUAAUUUGUACUAGAAGUUCAGGAGGAAAACUGCAUCUUCUCAAGACAGGAGGUGUUCUGUCUUUAAUAGAGUGCACACUGAUCGAGGAGACAGAUGCCAGUGACGAUGACUCAAAAGGUUCUGGACAGGUAUUUGGACACCUUGAUUUCAAACUUAUAGUUGAACCCGCGGAUGCUCCUCCUUUUACUGUUGUCCUUUUAGCCCCAUCACGACAGGAGAAAGCUGCGUGGACAAGUGAUAUCAGUCAGUGCAUUGAUAAUAUAAGAUGCAAUGGGUUAAUGACAAUAGUGUUUGAAGAAAACUCCAAAGUCACAGUGCCACAUAUGAUCAAAUCUGAUGCUCGUCUUCAUAGAGAUGACAUUGACAUCUGCUUCAGCAAAACGUUGAACUCCUGCAAAGUGCCCCAAAUCCGCUAUGCGAGCGUCGAGCGCCUCUUGGAACGACUGACAGAUCUGAGGUUUCUGAGCAUCGAUUUUCUGAACACCUUCCUGCACACCUACCGCAUAUUCACUACGGCAGCUGUUGUCCUGGAAAAGCUCUCAGACAUCUACAGACGGCCCUUCACCUCCAUUCCUGUCAGGUCUUUGGAACUGUUCUUUGCCACCAGUCAGAACAACAGAGGGGAGUACCUGGCUGAUGGAAAGUCACCACAUCUCUGCCGCAAGUUCUCUUCUCCUCCUCCACUGUCACUCUCCAGGACUUCCUCACCCGCAAGAACACGAAAGCUGUCCCUGACCUCCCCCCUGAACUCGAGGAUCGGUGCCCUUGACCUCUCUGCUUCGUCUGCAGCCAGCAGUCCUACCUCAAACUACAGCCCAGCCACCUCCCCUCCACCUACGGGCAGCAAAGUGCCCCUGGACCUGAGCAGAGGGCUCUCGUCCCCAGAGCAGAGUCCAGGGUCCAUCGAGGAGAGCCUGGAGAACCCCCGCAUGGACCUCUGCAACAAGCUGAGGAGGAGCAUCCGCAGAGCAGCAGUUCUGGAUUCUGUGUCAGUGGACAGGACAAUCCCUGAAAGCACCUCAGUAGUGGACACCACAGAGCUUUCACCAUGCAGAUCCCCCUCGACACCACGUCACCUACGCUACCGCCAGCCAGGAGUGCAAGCUGCUGAUAACAGCCACUGCUCAGUUUCUCCUGCUUCUGCUUUUGCUAUUGCUACGGCUGCAGCAGGGCAUGGAAGCCCACCAGGAUUUAACAACUCCGAGCGCACGUGUGACAAGGAGUUCAUCAUACGCAGAGCGGCCACGAACCGUGUCCUCAACGUCCUGCGACACUGGGUCUCUAAGCACUCACAGGAUUUUGAUCUGAACAACGAGCUGAAAAUGAACGUGUUCAAUUUGCUGGAGGAAGUUUUGAGAGACCCUGACCUUCUUCCACAAGAAAGGAAAGCUACUGCAAAUAUACUGAGGACUCUUUCUCAGGAUGAUCAAGAUGAUACCCAUUUGAAAAUAGAGGAUAUCAUUCAGAUGUCGGACUGUCCAAAACCAGAGUGCUUUGAGACACUGUCAGCCAUGGAGCUUGCGGAGCAAAUCACCCUCCUUGACCACGUGGUGUUCCGGAGCAUCCCCUAUGAAGAGUUUCUUGGGCAGGGCUGGAUGAAAGUGGAUAAAAAUGAGAGAACACCCUAUAUUAUGAAAACCAGUCAACAUUUCAAUGAUAUGAGUAACCUGGUGGCCUCCCAGAUCAUGAACUAUGCUGAUGUCAGCUCCCGGGCCAACUCCAUUGAGAAGUGGGUGGCUGUUGCUGAUAUUUGCAGAUGUUUGCACAAUUAUAAUGGUGUGUUAGAGAUCACCUCAGCCUUGAACAGAAGUGCAAUCUACAGGCUUAAGAAAACCUGGGGUAAAGUAUCCAAACAGACAAAGGCUCUCAUGGACAAGCUUCAGAAGACUGUAUCAUCUGAAGGAAGAUUUAAAAACCUUAGAGAAAUGCUCAAAAAUUGUAACCCACCUGCUGUUCCCUACCUUGGGAUGUACCUGACGGACCUGGCCUUUAUUGAAGAAGGAACACCCAACUUCACUGAGGAAGGACUUGUCAAUUUUUCCAAAAUGAGAAUGAUCUCACAUAUUAUCAGGGAAAUACGGCAGUUCCAGCAGACCUCCUACCGCAUAGAUCAUCAGCAGAAGGUCACUCACUACUUACUUGACAAGACACUCAUUAUAGAUGAAGAUACGUUAUAUGAGCUCUCCCUGAAGAUCGAGCCCAGACUCCCUGCCUGAAACUCAGCUUUGCCUCAGAGUCUACAGAAAGCUUUAGUACAAUGAACAGCAUCAUGCAUGCCAUGUCCUAAAGACAGCAAGGGAAAUUUUGGGAGGAAUGCCAGCUCUGUUUUCCAGUAAGAGAUACAGAGUCUCACAGCAUUUCCCUCUCUGGCAACGAAAACAAACAUUGGGGGUGGAAGACAAAGACACUUCCUACCCGGAUUAAGUGAUUGCUGCUUUGCAAAGAUAAUUUUUUGCAGCAGGGACUAUGAUUUAAUGGAAAAUAGGAGACUUUACUGUGAACAGGCUCUCAUUGCAGCCAUCUUAAUGUGACAAAUUAAGGGUACAGAUUUAAAUGAUGGCAAUAUACUCAGAUAUAUUAAGAUGAGUAAGCAAAAUGAGGUGGCUGGGCUGAUGGCUAACUGUGUGUCCACUGAGGCAGCAAUGGUGGUGAUGUCCUCAUAUUCUGUUAAUUUCAUUGAGAAACCAGACUUUUAACAGUCAUCUGCUAUUUUGGAGUGACAUUAAGAAAGCAUCUAGUAACUUCAGACCUGCAGUUGUUCUAAAAGACUCACUGUACAUUUAAUGCUACUCUUUAUAAAACACCUUCUUCUUUAAAUGUCUCAUCAGCCUUUUCUAAGAUGACUGAUUGUAGCUGUAAACAAUUUGUAAAUAUUUUUUUCAUCCCUGAGAGUAUUUACAGCAUGGAAAGCAAACGGACUAAUGGAAUAGCUGUACAUAGUUGCCAGCCUUCUCAGCUGGGAAACACAAAGUGAGAAAUCUGCACGCGCAGUGGAUGGGAUGGUGAGUCAUGUUGCACACAGUCCUGGAAAAGGCACUUUAUUUCCCUGCACCUCCUGCAACUUCUCUGACAAGCUGGGCUGCAGAGCACUUUCUGGACUCAUUGUGGAGAGAAACACACGUCUGAUCUGGCAGUGGGUGGUGACCAGCAGUGAACACUCAGAGCUGGAGCGACAGUUCCGUUUCACUUGGCAUCAGCAGUUUGAAAAAUGUCUUGUUUUGUUUUGUUUUGUUCAGCCAUUUGACACUAACUUAGUUCUAAAAUCAUAUAUACCAGUGGCAAACGUUGAAUGCCAGCAAACACAAAAUAUGUAUUUUUAUCUGAGAUAGUAAUUAUCACUUGCAUAAGGGCAUAUGUAUGAGAAAAUGUGCUGUUUGUAAAUGUUUUCAGAGCAUGUGCUUUUGUGAUGUACCAGGUAGAUAGAUGUCAUUUCUACAGCUAGUGGGUACUUUCUAUAUUUUCCUCAUCAAGAGUGGCCUGUCGUAGCUGCAUGGACAGUGAGCUCAAAUGCAUGUUGUAAAGGGCAUCAUAGUAUAAAACACAGGUGUUAGCACUGUUGAAAAAAAAAAAAAAUUGGCUGGAAAAGUGUCCUUACUUUUCCAAUGAUAUUCAGCCAGUUGAAGAAAUAGGGCUAUAUCACCGUAUACCUCCCUUAAAUUCUCUCAGGGAGACAGAUGCUUAAAACAGAUUGUGACCUAGGCCUAUUUGAUCUGACAUAUCUUACCACAGUCAUGAUGCUUCUCAAUGCUGAAGGUGAAAAAUGGACCUACCUGGCUUGUGGUUUUUGUCUUUAUUUGCACUUUAAUUAUAUUGCUGGCCCAGCCCAGAGCUGCACAAUGAAUUCCAUUUGUUCUGUCUGAGUGUAACUGCCAGCAUUUACAAAUGUACCUUAGCAACUGUAAAUUUCAUUAAGGUUCUUAUCCACAAGGACCAUCUCUUUGUAAAUAAGUGCAUGGGGAAGUGUCACAGAUAAUGGAGAAUUCCUCCAUUAGAAGAGCAGACAGCAAGAGAGAAGGAAAUGCCAGAAACACAUUAGAUUGUUCUGGCUAAUGAUUGCUGUGAAAACAAACACGGAAAAUAUUACUUAUAGAAACCUUUUGAAAUGUUUGUUUCUUUUCACUAAUGACUGACAAGAAGCUGAUUGCAUCCCAGUGCAUGAUAUGAGGAAAA